CAGAAGCAUACAUUUUUUCAUGACUAGCAAAACAUUAACAGCUGAAAAGUUCAGAGAACACACUCUCUAACUACCCACAAGUGUUGAGCAAAACUGUCGAUUAUUUCAGUGUUGAUCAUUUAUAGGUGAGCGCUGACUGACAGCAUACAGUAUCAGCAAUAUGGACAACAUUAUUAUUUUUCUACUUUCACUUCCAAUGGCUGCUCCAAAAGGCUCUCACUCUUUGUGGACGCAUGCAACAUACAUAAAAGGACAAACACCAUUUCCUGAAUUUAGCUAUGUAGUGAUGUUGGAUGAUGUCAGAGUUCUGUACUAUAACGGUGAGACGAAGACUCUCAUUCCAAGAGGAAAUACAACAACUGAAGACAACAUGUUUGAUUCAAAUGUUCUCCUCGGAAUAAGUGACAACAUACAAUCAUCUUUUAUGGAAAAAUGGGUAGUAGCAACAAAUAAUUUAAAUAAAACUUAUAGUGUUCUUGCCCUUCAGAGGCUGGUUGUGUGUGAACUGAGAGAUGAUGGUGAAGCGGGACAAAUGAUCACACGAGAUGCUGUCAGAGGCUCCACCACAGAUGAGUUGCGAUAUGUUGACAAGAACUUCACAUACCAGGGUCAUUUAAACAUCUCAGCUCUUGAGCUGAAUAUUCAUCUUAAAAUCAGCAUGUGGAAUCAUGAACAUUUAUACCAACCAUUCUGCAUCAAAACACUCAAGGGGUAUCUUGAAAAAAGGAGAAAUCAAGUCAAUAGAAAAGUGAAACCGCGAGUCAGACUGAUUCAGAAAGCAAACUCAGAUUCUGGAGGGUUUCGUGUGAGUUGUCUGGCAACAGGAUUUUACCCUCGUCACAUCAACCUGACCCUGUUCAGAGAUGGACAGCCUGUAUCUGAUCAUGAGAUCACUGGAGGAGAUCUGCUGCCCAAUGGUGACGGGACGUACCAGAUGAGGAAGAGUCUGGAGAUCAGUGCAGACACGCACAAAUACAGCUGCUCUGCCACACACCUCAGUCUGGACAACAAACUGCACAUCACUUUAGAGUAUGAUCACGGGGAACCAUUUAAAUCAGUGAUUCCUUCAGUUCUGAUGGUUUUGGCUCUGAUGAUGGUGUUUGGAGCUGCAGCUGCUGUAAUUGCAUGGAAAAGACAAUGUGCAGCAUCUGAAGAAACUGUGACAUCAACCUUGUCAGUGUCAUGAGACAAAACACUCAAAACUAAUGAGUGGAGAAACGUCUUUUAAACAGCCGACAAAUUAUAUUCUGGCAAAAUUCUGGAGGGUUUCGUGUGAGUUGUUUGGCAACAGGAUUUUACCCUCGUCACAUCAACCUGACCCUGUUCAGAGAUG